AUGUCAAUUAUUCUGUACAUAAUUUGAAAUUCUUUCACAAAUCUCAGCCUGAUUUCAGACAUAAAAGCUCUAAUUGAUCAAAAUUUUCAAGAUCAAGCUGAUUUUAGCCUUGUUUUCUCUCAAAAUCUUUCAGGUUCCCAUCUUACUGCAGGUAGCCAAAAUAUCAUUUUAGAUCUCGGUUUCGACUGAUCACUAUCAAAAUCAAUAAAAGAGUUUGCUGAAGAAAACCAAGCCAUAAUAAUUAACAUUCAUAGGUCUAUUGGAUCUUUUUCAGAAUGAGAAUUUUUUACGCAUUGCUCAUGGAAAGACCAAAGUGAAGCGCUUUUUAUUGUUACUACUUAUUUAAAUUGGCAAAAAUUUAUAGUGAUUUCUGAUGAAAUUUACAAUCAAGAUGAUGAAUUUUUUAAUUUAUUUUAUGAUAAAGAUUAUCAGUGGUAUUUUUUUUCGAAUUGCAAUGAUGAGAACUCGGCAGAUUUGUUUAUUGGAAAAAUUAUUCAGUCUAUUGGUAUUAGAAACAUUGUGAUAUUAAAUAAAGGUGAAAGUGCAAGAUUGCUUUUGAAAAGCUUAGAGCAGCAUAAUUUCUUAAUAAAUGGUACUGGAAUAAUCGUAGGAAGUGAGGGCUCAUGAGGGUUAUAUGGAAAUGGAGCUAUUUCUUAUGCGGAAUCAGGAUUGGAAAGCGCUAAUAGUUACAAUAGUUAUGAAAGCCUAUCAAUUAUUAAAUUUUUAAAGUUAGUAUUCAAUUUUCCUCCGGCUUCAAGCUCAUUAGAAUUACUUGAAUUUUUAAACAAAAACACUAUUAACCAUCAUCCAAUCUCCAAUUUUACGCUUCUCAAUAUGGAAAAUAAUAAAACUAUAGGAAAGGGGAGCAUUUUUGAUCGAAAUUUAACAAUAUCAAAUCCCCUAAAUUUUCCAGGAAAUUCUUCAAUCAUCCCGAAUUCUCCAACCACAGAUGUAAAUAUAUGAAUUGGAGAUGGCACAAAGAACCCAAACUCUCCUUCAGACCCUUCCAACUGAGAUCUUUUGCUCAGCUGACUGAUCUUUUCCUAAAGCCAAGCUCUACCAUAGAUUCAACGGGCUCCUGGGAUAAGAUGCUGGAAGGUGGUGUGGCAGAAAGGCGUUUGGUACGAAGACUGGGUAGUGUAGGCUGCAUAAGUAUAGGCACGAUUCAAAGUCAGCAAAGAGGCGGAUCAACUGUGCAAAAGGUGGAAGCAAGUUCCCAGCUCAUUAGGCUAUAAGUUGAGAUGACGAAGCUAAUUGGGCGUAAUCGCAUUGUAGAUGACGAAGCAAAUGAUGGAUAAAUGCGAAGAUAAGCCACCUUGGUAUUGUUAGUUCGGCAAUAACCACCUAAAGCCUAAAUUGUGAAUUUGGUUCGCAAUAAAACAGUCUUGAGAGCUCUAAAUUAAUUUAUUCAUUCGCUCCUUCAGAUCCUUCAUCAACAAGAUCAAUGCUAGGAGAAUAUCUAGCUUUAAGCUACUGGAAAAGCUUGCAUGCUUUAGAUGGUUUUAACAUAACAGUAACUCAUACAGAUUGCGGGGCAUUAGCUUAUAAUGCAACUUUAGGGCUUUCUUGUUUUUCUAACCUUCUUGCUACUCCUGGAGUAGGCUAUUUAACUUCACUUUAUCCUUUUAUUGCUAUUGGCUAUAUUUAUACAUUGAGAUCUUUAAACUGCUCGAUACCAAAUAUUUCUCCAUAUGCCCCUUCAAAUCUUUUGCAGAAUCAAACAUUGUUUCCUGAGUUUAUGACAGUAACCAAAGACGAUAGAUUCAAUAUUCAGGUCAUCCUAGAUCUUGCAGUUGUUUUUGGAUGAAAAAGAUUUAUAGUAGCUUACGAUAAAGAAAAUAUAGAAAGUUACAAAUAUUUUUUAGCAAAAAUCGAGCAGUUUAAUAUGGAAAUCGUAAAUAAUCCUGACCAAAGAAUGAUAGAGUCAUACUAUACCGUAGAUAAAUACUCAGAAUGGGAAAAUUGGUUUAAAAGCAUAAUCAGCUUAAAAGCUAGACUUUUUAUUAUUUUUUUUGCGCCUCCUUAUUGGUUCAAUGUAGUUGAAAGUUUUUAUGAUGCAGGUCUAAGAAUAGGGGAUUCCAUUUUUUUAUUUAAUGCAAAGGUGGUUUAUUCUAUGAUUUGGGAAAAGAACCCAAAGCAGCUGAAUAAGCUUAUAGAGAUAUUAUAUGGAACAGUUAUCAUAAACCAAGCUGAGUGAAUUGGAGAUUUCGGAAAAACAAUGAAAAGAGAUUAUAUAAUAACUUAUGGUAAAUCUACUGAUUUUCGUUGUUUAGCAUUUGAUGCUGCAAUGCUGCUUUUAAAUGGAAUUGAAUUUACUAUAAAGCAAGGCAAAAAUGUGAUGAAUUAUGAAAUAAUGAAUAGCAGUUUAAGAAAACAGAAAUUCUUAGGAUGCUCUGGGACUGUAUCAAUAGAGCAAGGAAGCAAUCAGAGAAGUUUGCCUACAAUAGGGAUUUAUAAUAUAAAAUGAAAUAAUAGCGCCCAAUCAUUAUAUGAGGACUUUGUUGGUAAAUAUGAUGCUAGCAGUGUGCAAUUGAUUACUUUAUAUAGCAGCAUUAUAUGAUAUGACAAUACAACAAUAAUUCCAACUGAUUUAAUAAUAUAUGAAAAUGGCUGCCCGUUUCCUGAAAAAUUAAUAUUUCGGUCUGAAAAAGGAGCUGGAAUUUUAUAUUUGAUUUCAGGCUCAUUAAUAAUUAUUACAGCAAUUGAAGCACUUUUUAUAUGAAAAAUGUUUUGAAAAAAUAUUAAAAUUGAAAAAUUAAAAAAUGCAGUCCAAGCUCACAUUGAAGAUUAUUUUUUAAUGGGAAUUCUGGCUGUAGAUUCUUUGCAAUUUAUUUCUCAGGGGCCUGAUAUUCCUGAAUCAUUUUUGUGAUUAUCAAAAGCUUGCAGCUACUCACUGGUUAAUUUUGAUUCUUCUGUUAAUGGAAAUUUAUAUUGGGGUUACUUGUAUAUUGCUCACUCCUCGUCGAGCGAACAAAAAAAAUUUGUUCGCUCACUUCCCGUCAAAGCGAGCUAUAUUUUUUAAUAUAGAUUUAAAAAAAUAAAGAUAGGGGAAAGCUUUAUUUAUUGCAACUAUCAAUUCAAAUCUGCUUUAAAUUUCAGGAGAUUGUGUGAAGAAUUUGAUGAAUUUCGUAAAUGAGAAUCCUCAUUCUUCUCUCAUUAUCAAAAUCCCAGUAGAUAAUAUCUCUUUAGGUAAAACUCUCAAAGUUUAAAAUAAGGGAGGUACCCUUAUCUGAACACCUCUAUUUUAAUUGUGACUUUAUUAUAUAUAUCAAAUAUUUUUCCUAAAAAAUUGUUUCACUCAUGGAAUGCAUUUUUGACCAAAAAUAGAAAUUUUUGCAUGAUUUUGCUCUCUCACGGAGGGGGAGUCAGAUUAUUUCGUGCUAUUGAGUUAUUACAGCAUUUAUAUUGAUUUGCAAGUUAUUUAAUAUUAAUUCUGCGAUACUGCAAUACGCCAGAAGCCUCGCCUUACUUUUGCUACCAAUUAUAGGACACUUUCUAUUUGUCCCUAUAAUUUCAGUUCUUUUAAGUAUUUUUCAAUGCGAUCAAGGGGUUGAUUCAAAUAUUACUGAUUCUUUUAUAAGACAAGACUGUAAUACGUAUUGCUGGGAUAAUAAAUAUUUUAUAUGAGGCAGCUUCUCAAUAGCUUCUUUAGUUACCUAUAUCCCUCUUUCUAUUAAUUUCAGGUAUUUUCAUCAAAACAUCAAUGAUUAUAUAAACAUAAAAAUGAAGCCAAUUUUUAUUCUAGAAAAAGCUAUUUUCCAGGUAAUAAUUGUUUCUAUGAAUAAAACAUUAAAAAUUUACGAUGAGUCUUUGCAUGGCCUUUGCUGCAUUAUCCUCAUCUCUAUAAUGAUUUUGUUAAGCUUUAAGCAAAGACCUUAUAACUAUAUCAGAAUGAAUAUUUGGUUGAUAAUUUCAUAUUUUGGAAUUUUAUGGAGUUUUAUAUUAUCAUCACUUUAUUGGUAUACAAAAUUCGAAGCAUUAAUGAUGUGGACUUUACUUCAAUAUUCGGUAUGGUUUUGACUGAUAAUAAUUGGAGUUUUAAUUCAAUUUAAAUUUUUCCCAAGCUUAUUGCUUACUGAAAAAGCAGCUGAUAUUUCAAUUUUUUUCAGAUUUUCAAUAGGUAGUAAAAUUUCAGCAAUAGAAAUUAAUAAAAUGUUAAAAGAAAUAAGGGAUAAAACUAUGUUCAAGAGCAGCUAUUUAAAUAUUGAUUCUCAAUCAGGUUCGAAUUCUAAAGAUAAUAUCAUACCAGAAUAA